CCCAAAAAAAAAAAAAAAAAAAAAAAAAUUCAAUUUUCAUUUUCUGGUAUUGAGAAUGUAAGAGAGUUGAAGGAACUAGAAAGCGAAAAACAAAAACACAAAUAGUGUUUGCAGAGCAACCAUGAAGAACAGCAACAGCAACAACAACAACUACCGAGAAGAAGAUCAGCCAAAUAAAGAGAGUGCUUUCUCAAGCCUGGACUCCAGAUUCAACCAAACCCUUAGAAAUGUUCAAGGGUUGCUGAAAGGCCGUUCAAUUCCCGGUAAAGUAUUAUUGACUAGGAGAACAGACCCUCUAGAUGACUCAGCUUUACAAGAGACGUCACCAUAUUAUGAAAGGAGCUACUCAUACAAUGAUGCUGGGACAAGUGAUCGCAUGACCAAGGCAGCAGAGGAAGAAGUCCAGAGAACAAGCAGUCCAAACAGCAAUGCAAAUGUGAACAAGUUAAAAUCUUCAACCUCAAAUAUUGAGAAUGCUCCCAAAGAAGUACAAAAAUCCACCAUGGGUGCUAGAGCUACUGAUUCUGCAAGGGUAAUGAAGUUCACGAAAGUGCUGUCAGGGACAACGGUCAUACUAGAGAAGUUGCGUGAGUUAGCUUGGAGUGGCAUACCACCAUACAUGCGUCCGACUGUAUGGAGGCUUCUCUUGGGAUAUGCACCACCUAAUUCAGAUAGACGGGAGGGAGUUCUGAGAAGGAAGCGCAUUGAGUAUCUUGACUGUGUUUCUCAGUAUUGUGACAUUCCUGAUACUGAACGUUCAGAUGAUGAGAUCAACAUGCUUCGCCAGAUUUCUGUUGAUUGUCCAAGAACUGUACCAGAUGUUUCCUUCUUUCAGCAAGUACAAGUUCAGAAAUCCUUGGAGCGCGUGCUUUAUACAUGGGCCAUUCGGCAUCCUGCGAGCGGAUAUGUUCAGGGAAUAAAUGAUCUUGUUACACCCUUUUUAGUUGUUUUCUUGUCAGAGCACCUGGAGGGGAGUGUGGAGAAUUGGUCAAUGUCUGAUCUAACUCCUGAAAAAAUAACUAAUAUAGAGGCUGAUUGUUAUUGGUGCCUGUCAAAGUUACUUGACGGUAUGCAAGACCAUUACACAUUUGCUCAGCCAGGAAUCCAGAGGCUUGUUUUUAGGCUUAAGGAAUUGGUCAGGCGGAUUGAUGAACCUGUUUCUAAACACAUGGAGGAGCAAGGGCUGGAAUUUCUUCAAUUUGCUUUCCGGUGGUUCAACUGUCUUUUAAUACGAGAGAUCCCAUUCCAUCUUGUUACCCGCCUGUGGGACACUUAUCUUGCAGAAGGAGAUGCAUUGCCUGAUUUCCUUGUAUAUAUAUUUGCCAGUUUUCUUUUAACGUGGUCAGAUGAGCUUCAGAAGCUCGAUUUCCAAGAACUGGUGAUGUUUCUUCAACAUCUUCCAACUCAAAACUGGACUCACCAAGAGCUUGAGAUGGUGCUUUCAAGAGCUUACAUGUGGCACAGUAUGUUCAACAGCUCUCCUAGUCAUUUAGCUAGCUAAAGAAGGAAUUGUGACAUCCACUGUCUGUUCAAUCACUCAAGAUUUUUGUUUUUUUUUUUUGUUUUUUUUUUAUUUUUAUUUUUUAUGUUUUUCAUAUCUUUUAAUGAUUAUAUUUUGAUCACUAUUUUCUAGUUCGUGAAGUUUACAACAAUUGUUUUUAUCUUUCGAGUUGGAUGGAACCAACCAUAUUUUGCAUGUGUAACGUGUGAUUGUAAUAUUUGUACUCUCAAGCACUUGUCUGUAGAGUUAGAAAAAAGAGAAGCUACUUGACUGUAUUUGGGUUGCUUCAUUCAUACACUUUUCGUUCAAAGUUCCAUGUAGAAUUAUUUGUGCACUCAGCAGAAUGGUCUUCAGUCCGAGAUCUGUUUUAUUUUAUUAUUAUUAUUAUUAACUUUCUUUUUUA